AUGGAUUGUGAUCAUCUAUUGAAACUAGGCAUGAUGGCUAAAAAGAUAUUAGAGAAUGGAAAGGGGAUACUUGCAGCUGAUGAAAGUCCGGGGACACUAGGCAAGAGAUUAGAAAGGCUUGGGAUCGAAAACACAGAAGAAAACAGAAGGAAGUUCAGAGAAAUCCUAUUUAGCACUAAAGAGCUUGAAAGAUAUAUAGGUGGAGUUAUUCUAAACCAAGAGACAUUUGGACAGACAAACGAAGAUGGAGUUCCAUUAACAAAACUGUUGAAGAAAAGAGGCAUCGAGAUAGGCAUAAAGCUUGAUAAAGGACUAAUCGAUUACAAAGAAAAAGAAAAAAUCUCUGUAGGUCUUGAAGACUUGGAUUUGAGGUGCAAAUCGUCUACAUUCAAAGAUGCCACAUUUGCCAAAUGGAGGUCCCUAUUUUACUUCUACGAUGGGAUUCCUUCUGAAGACUGCAUCAAUGAAAACUGCUCUGUUUUGGCAAAGUAUGCAAUAAUAUGCCAGAAGAAUGGGCUUGUUCCGAUUGUGGAACCAGAGAUAUUUCUUGAGGGAGAUUACACUAUAGAAGGUUCAUACAAGGUAUUCAGACAGAUACUAAGCACAUUGGUAAAGUACUUGAACUACGAAUCUGUUUACAUUCCAGGAGUCCUCAUUAAGACAAGCUAUGUUACAUCCGGGAUACUUAGUGAUGAAAAGUAUACGCCAAAGAAGGUGGCAACAUAUACAUUCAGAGCCCUUUUAUCAACCGUUCCUUGUGGAGUUCCAGGAAUCGUCUUUUUAAGUGGAGGUCACAGCUCAGAAAAGGCCAUUGCCUUUCUCAAUGCAAUAAAUAUGGAGAGAGGAUGCAGAACAUGGACCUUGAGCUUCAGCUUUGGAAGAGCAUUGACGGAUGAUGUCUUAGAAGCAUGGAGGGGAGAAGACCCAAACAUUGAAGAGGCACAAAGAGUGCUUCUGGAGACAUCGUUCAAAGCCUAUAAAGCAGCUGAAGGGAAGCUGUGA